GGUUUUCCUUGAAAUCGGAAUUUCACGAGCCGAAUACUUUCUACGUCGGCUGUCCAAAGAUAUCUCGAGCAGAAGAACGUAAUUCUCGCAUCUGCAUUACAACCUUCCACCGCUCUACAACCUAUAAGCCCCCCAAUCACACAAAAUGGGCUGCGGCGGCUCAAAGUACGCAUCCGACUAUCCACCACCGAUGCGACAGACCCGUCGCCGACGCGGACGGUAUCACGGUGGCGGUGCAUACGCAGGCGGCGGAUAUUACGGCGGUGGUGAUGGAGGGGGUGGUGGAGGGUUCUUCGGUGGAGGGGAUGGUGGAGGUGGAUUCGGAGGAGGCGGAGGAGGAGAUGGGGGCGGCGGUGGCGGUGGCGGCGGCGGCGGCUGUUGAGAUAUGAUGUCGGCAAGAAUGCAGAGAGUGCAUGAGAAUGGGCUUGGAUAAGGAUGGGAUUGGGUACUGGGGUUGGCGGCAUGCUUGGUCUCCUCCCUGCAUGGACGAAUGAUGACACCUAAUGACAUACAAAUUCCCUAUUGCUCGAAUGCAAAUCAUUCUCCUUUCUCAGUA